CUGCUUGUUUCCGCCGACCCUGAGACACGAAAGCGCAGGCUGAACGCUGAGAUCGCAAACGGCCGGCUUGCCAUGAUGGCCAUCAUCGGCAUGUUCUUCCAAGACGGUCUUACUGGGUCUGCCUGGGGUGACUGGGCCAACUACACGGACUCGCCGCUCCGUGCGUUCGAGAGCGAGCUCGGUGUGCAACCGCCAGUGGGCUUCUGGGACCCGGUCGGCUUCACCAAGGAUGGCGAUGUUGCUGCCUUCAAGCGCAGGCGGGAGACCGAGAUCAAGCAUGGGCGGGUCUCCAUGCUGGCGACGAUGGGUUACAUCACCCCCGAGGUGGUCGGCAAGUUUCCGGGUGAGCUCUCUCCCAGUCUCGGAGUCAAAUACGCAGAUAUCCCGAACGGCCUUGCCGCCCUUUCUAAGGUGCCAGGCCCUGGUUGGCUGCAGAUCGUGGCCUAUUGCCUCUACUGCGAGUCUGGGCCGUUCGGUUACAACGCUGACCCCAACCGGAAGCCCGGAGAGCUCGGCUGGAGGCCGAUCGGCUUGUACAGCGCUGACCCCCAGGUGAGGCAGCGCAGGCUGGCUGCUGAGAUCGCAAACGGCCGGCUUGCCAUGAUGGCCAUCAUCGGCAUGUUCUUCCAGGACGGCCUCACCGGAUCCGCCUGGGGCGACUGGGCCCUCUACACGGCCUCGCCGCUGCGCGCCUUCGAGAGCGAGCUGGGCGUGCAGGCGCCGACCGGCUUCUGGGACCCCCUGGGCUACACGAACGAUGGCAGCGUGGAGAACUUCCAGCGCCGCCGCUCCACAGAGAUCAAGCACGGGCGCGUGGCCAUGUACGCGACCAUGGGCUACAUCUUCCCAGAGUACGUCAGGUUCCCCGGCCUGCUGAGCCCCUCGGCCGGCCUGAAGUUCGCCGACGUGCCCAACGGCCUCGCCGCGCUCUCCAAGGUGCCAGCGGCCGGCUGGUUGCAGAUCUUCCUCUUCAUCGGCACCUACGAGGUGGCCUACUCGGAGAAGCCUGGCGAGCCGGGCAACUUCGGCAAGGGCAACUUCGGCCUCUUUGGUGGCGUCGCCGACUCCGCCAAGAGGACCCGCGGCCUGAACUCCGAGAUCGCGAACGGGCGCCUGGCCAUGAUGGCGAUCAUCGGCAUGUUCUACCAGGACGGCCUCACCGGGUCCGCCUGGGGCGAUUGGGACCUCUACACGGCCUCUCCGCUGCGCGCCUUCGAGAACGAGCUGGGCGUGCAGGCCCCCCUCGGCUUCUGGGACCCUAUCGGCUACACCGCCGACGGCGACGAGGCCGCGUUCAGGCGCCGCCGGGCGACCGAGCUGAAGCACGGGCGCAUCUCGAUGCUGGCCGCCAUGGGCUACAUCACGCCCGAGCUCGGGUUCAAGUUCUCGGGCUACCUGUCCCCCUCCAUGGGACUCAAGUUCGCAGACGUCCCCAACGGUCUGAAAGCCGUCUCCGUGGUGCCCGCGCUCGGCUGGGCCCAGAUCAUCGCCUACAUGGCGUUCUGCGAGGUGUCCCAGGACCAGAAGCCAGGCACGAAGGCCUGGGCGGGCGACUUCGGAUUCAAGGUGCUCACGUCUUCCGACCCAGAGACGCUGAAGAAGAAGCUCUCCGCGGAGAUCGCCAACGGCCGCCUGGCCAUGAUGGCCAUCAUUGGCAUGUUCUUCCAGGACGGCCUCACCGGGUCUCCUUGGGGCGACUGGGCCCUCUACACGGACUCGCCGUUGCGCGCCUUCGAGAGCGAGACGGGGGUGCAGCCGCCAGUGGGCUUCUGGGACCCGCUCGGCCUUUCAGGCGACGGCAGCGCCUUCAACUUCUCGCGCCGGCGAGAGGUGGAGCUGAAGCACGGGCGAGUGUCGAUGUUCGCCACGAUCGGUUACAUUGUCCCCGAGUACUACAAGCUGCCCGGCUUCCUGUCCCCAUCCUACGGGAUCCAGUUUGCUGAGGUGCCCAACGGUCUCGGCGCUCUGUCGAAGGUGCCUGCGCUCGGCUGGCUGCAGAUCAUCCUGCUCGCCGGCGUGACUGAGGUUCAGAUCUACAAGGACACGGUCAACGGCGAGCCUGGCAACUACGGCGCUGGCUUCCUGGGUAGCAAGAGCAUCGGCCUGACCAGCCCCGGCUUCGCAGACCCCCAGGUGCGGAAGGCGAAGCUGAACGCGGAGCUGGCCAACGGCCGCCUGGCGAUGAUGGCCAUCAUCGGCAUGUUCUUCCAGGACGGCCUUACGGGCUCCGCCUGGGGCGACUGGGCCCUCUACACCGACUCCCCGCUGCGGUGAGGCUGCCCCAACUCUGCCUUCUGUCCCUCCUCCCUGCGCUACUUCAAGGGCAACGUCCGCCUCAUUUUGGCAGGUCCCCCUCCUCCUCCAGCGCACCAUUUCUCCGCUUCAUUAGGCCCGCAGGUGUUCUGAAGAGGGCCACCGAGAGAGAGCACGACUAUUUAACGCGGUGGCUGGUGUGAGGCUGAGACACCUAGGGGAGGAAUCGCCUCCCAGCUGGCGUGUCCACCGCCGUUUUUUCGGACGGCCAGCAUCCGCGCGGUGCACCAGGUUGGAUCCAGGAGCGAGUGCAGUAUAACGGACGCAUGCUGUUCCUGACGAAAGGUCGAACGAUCCCCAAA